AUGGCCGACCUCAAUGGACCGCAAGCGGCGACAGCAGCAGCGACUGUCUUCAACAUACCCGAGUUGCUCGAGAACGUCCUCCUUCACGUCGACCCCUUCCAGCUAUACGUGCUACAAGCAGUCAACAGCACUUUCAGAAGCGUGAUCGUCAAUACCAAACCUAUCCGAAAGCGCAUGCACCUCGAGCAAAGCAAACCGUAUCACCAAAGCAGAGACUUACGACACUUUCUGCGAGACAAGCGCAUCACUGCCAUCACUCAGCCUUUCACCAUCACAUGGCACCCUGCCUGCCACGAGGACCUCGACGUCGAGUUAAGCUGCAAGUGGAGCCAGGAUCAAGAAUCGCGAUACCGGUGGAACAGGUUCUGGAGGAAGGAGAUGGCAUGUAUGCAACCUGGUUCAUGGCGUGGUAUUCGAAUCGGUCAGCCGGAGGUCUUUCCGAUUGAUGAAUGGGACUGUGUCAAGACUGUAGACAUCUGCGGAUUUUCCGCCAAGGUGCAUGGGGAGACUUUGGGCGAGGUUAUGGGAGAGGCGGUGGGGGUUUUGCGGAGGAAGCCGGGAAAGUGUGCUUGCAGCUUCUCUAAGUGGACUGACUCAGCACUCGAACACAUAACACCACAUCCCAUAAUGGCAACCACUGAAGAGUCCUCCGCCGCCGCUCGAGUCUGCGCCAUACCAGAGUUACUCAUCAACAUCCUCGAGCAUGUGCAAGACACGCUGCAGCUCUUCGUCCUUCAGUCAGUCAACAGCACAUUCCAAGAUGUCAUCCGCGGCACCAAGUCCCUCCGCCAGCGCAUGUGCCUCGAGCAUGGCGCGGACUGCAACAGCAUCGCUCACAUUGUCGAACGUCUCAGGGUCAACAAAGCGACGUACCCCUUCUGCUUCAGCUUCAUCGCAAGCAAACGCCAGAAGAAGCAUUUCGUGGACUUCGAGCUAGCUUGCGAGUGGAUCCAAGGCUUGAGACACGAGCUACCGGCAGGGCCUACCAUCGAGGACUUUGCAUGUGCGAAUGAGGGCUCAUGGCGCGAACUCAUCUUGGGGGAUUCUAGCUUCCCGAGCAACAUUAUGAUAUCGUGUGAUAUAAUGGGCUGGCUGGAGCCUGGCGAGAUAAGCCCAGGUGAGCCUCUGGGCGCCGUGACGGACAGAGUCACGAGUGCAGUGCAUGCGGAGUGGAAGGACGUUCGGUGUGAGGAUGGUAUACAUUGA